AUGCAGCAUUCUUUUGCCCUGCUGGUGCUGCUGCACAUGCAGGUUUGCCUGCUGUUGAAGGACUGCGAGUGGAAAGUUGUGCUCAACGAUUUUGACAAUCUAGGUGGGGACCAAGCUGUGUUUUUUAGGCAGCGCCCUGUCACUAGCAUAGCGUCUGUGCUCCAGAAUCUGACAGACUCGGCCAUAGACCUGAAUGAUAAAAAUUCGCACUACCUGGGCUUCCCGUACUACUUGAAAAUCAGUCUAACCUGCAUCACUCAGGACGCGGCGAAGGUCAUUCGCAAUGCUCACCUGACCGGGCUGAGGCCCAUUGUGACCAUAACGUUUGAAGCGCCGGUCAAUACAGAGCAUCAGAAACCCGAGCAGUUGCAGAUUGAGAUGAAAGGCGCCCCUUACCGGCUCCAGGGGCCUUGUGCCAGCGAAGAGGUUUGCCGGAUGUGCUGGUACACGCCCAUGCCAAUGAAGAAUUGGAGCGUGGUGAUGGAGGUCCUGGUGGAGAGCAAUGGCCUGGGCCUUGAGGUGGACAGCAAGAGAUUUUUUAUGAAUAUUAACGGCUACAUGAAGGAAACUGAGACCGGUUUACAGUCUUCCCUAGGAGAGAAGGUUACAUCACUGGUGGAGAUGAUGUCACUUUACAGCCCGUCCCGUCCCAUUUGGUCCACCUUCAAUCAAGCCCCCGUGCUGAUCCUCGGGGGAUUCGAGGCUUACAAAAUCAUCCUGGUUUCAGACUCGGAGUUUGCGGAUUUCACUGCAGUGGAGGUGGGGAUUGACAGCUGCUGGAUCGGGUCCCUGAACUGCCCCCUGAACAUAUUCUCCUCCACCAUUGUCGAUGCCAUUGCUACAGAAAGCGUGCUCUUCCUCCGCCAGAACCAGCUGGUCUAUUACUUCACUGGGAACUAUUCGGUCCUUUCUCUUCGUGUGCCAGGAUCCGGCCUCUGGACCCGUGUGCUGAACAACAUCUGCGUGUCACAGUUAAACCCUGUGCACUUCCCCCACAACGGCUCCGAGUACGUGAUUGCUCUCGGAGCGGGCCUGCAAGAAGGGGAAUUCUUCCUUGGCACCAUUCGCGGUAUGACGUGCGGGCCAGAUCAUUCGCCCCAGGAGUGGUGCUGGUUCACGCCAGCUGAGGACCUGACUCUGUAUGGAGUCGUUCAGUUUCCCGAAUCACACGCCAGGGGGAGGAAGACAGUGUGCGAACAUUUGAAGAAGAUGUUUAGAAAAAGCCGUUUGGAAAGAUUUUGCUGCCUCUCUCUUUCUCUCUCACCACUUUCAGUUUCUUGCACGAUCCUCUGGGCUGUCUACAUCACGGAAGAGGAGAUGAUUGUGCUGCUGGUGAAAGGGAAGAAAAAGAACAGCGAGUCCGAUUACUACCUCAUGGCCUACGAUCAAGGUCGGGCUGUCGUUCUGGACCGAUACAAGCUCGGUGCAGCUUUCCGGAUGUUGUACUCCAUACCUCGCUUCAUACCCAAAGACACUGACAAAGGGUUUGUGAUGUUGCUGGGACUGGAAGAAUACACGGAUUCCCCGCUGAUCCCAAGGGGGCUGUCCUAUAACCCAUUCAGCACAAUCUUCUACAUCUGGGGCAACGUUAUUUUACAAAGCUACGACCUGGUUAAUUACAUUCACCUCUCCGACUUCCCCCAACAAUCCCCCAUCAGCUACUUCAUUCUGUCGUAUGUAGGGGAAUUCGUGUGUGUGACAGACUCGGAGGAGAUCUGGUUUUCUGUGGAAGGCAGCUCGGUCAUCAUUCGGCUCUACCCCUCCGAAGCCUGGGACACGUACUUCAGGCUACAGCUAAUGAGAGGGUCAAAGGACUUUAGCGUCAACGAGACGUUUGUGAGCCUCUUCUUUAACAAGGAGGGGCUGCAGCAGGUGAGCCCGGUCAGCAGGAGUCACAGAUGCAGGGGUGGGUGGCGCAGGGGGUGGUUAAUGGUCUCUAGAAGUUUGAAUCUAGCCCUGGUCUAUAGUGCUGGGAAGCCGUUGACAGCUGCUGAUUGGCCAUUGGAUUCAUUAGCCGUCUCAGCCCAGUUUCCAGGGCCAAGCGGCCACAGGAGAAUUGGCCCCCUCAUUAGCAGACACCAUAGAGAUCGAGUUUCCCCCAGGUUACAUCUGAAACACGUUGGUGGUGAGUGUGGGGCACCUGCUCUGGGCAUAGAGACAGGCCUUCAUGCUUCCACUUUCAGGGCCUUAUUUUUCUGCUCUUGCCUCUCCUUUCAGCUGGUUUACAUACCGGAUGGACAGGGGGAGGGAAAACUGAUCAAGAGGAACUUCCCUCUCCAUUAUAUAUUGUCGUACCGGCACCUCAUCGUCCAUCAGUACCAUUUGAUGUAUUUACAAGAUGCUCAGUACAUCAGGUUCUUCCAUCCCUGCUCCUUCUCGGUCAUGCGCCUCGAGGACCUCCCAGCCCCUCAGCGCUUCACCCGGAUGGAGCACUAUUCCACCGAGCCACCGGACGUCAUGGACAAAACAGGCUUCCACAACAACGUGUCUCUGGCUGUAUACCAGGGACUGAUCUUCCAGCUGCUCUGGCUGCACGCGGACUAUAGCAGGCCUUAUGCUGACCCGGUCCAUGACCCAACUUGGCGGUGGUGGAAAAACAGAAAGCAAUACGCAGAGUAUUUCUUUUACGUAGCGAGCAACGGCAACUCCUCCGGAGGUGUCUACGUCAACAUGGAGAGCUACGUGAAGAUCUAUGACCUGCAGCCCAAUAACCAGCUGCCCAGCAAGAUUUACCUGGACAAGAAUAACGUCUAUUCUUUCUCAGUGUUCCUGAGCGUCAGGUCGGCGGCAGAAAGCAUGGGGGAAAUGCCGGAAGAGAACUCCCUUGAUUUUGUGUGGCUCACCGUCGUCUUAGCGCAUCCAAAGUUUGUGGUUUCACACCUCCACCGGCACUAUCUGAUCGGCCGGGGCUCCGUGCUGUAUACGGUGACCGUCAGUGACACCGGACGGUACCCAAAACAAGAACUGAGUGGGACGAACCUUCUGAAGAGUUCAAUGGCUUUAAAGGUUAUAAAUGCGGCAACAAAUUGUUACCACUACACAGCGUCCGGCCCAAAACUCCAGGGCUAUGCCAUGGUGCCAGUCUUUAUUGGCUGCCCCCCGGGCAAGAGGCUGGCCUUUGACAUCACCAGGACCCUGAAGCACACCACCAAACAGAACAAGCGGUACUUCGACUGCAUCCACAAGAACCCAGAUUUGCCAUGUUUCUUCUUUAACGAUGUAUUUUAUCCCUUCUUCUUGAUCCAAGACAUGGUGACGGGGGACUCGGGACCUUUCCUGGGCAGCUACAUGCUGAGGAUCAUUGGCGGAGGGCCGUACUCGGAGAGCAGGAUCCGCGUCUACAGCCCGAGCGAAAUCCUCGACUAUAACACGGCAAACGGCAGCACACCGCUGAGUCUGAUCUGGAUGAGGGCUAAUCGCACAAAACCUGCCCUUACCGAUCCCGAAGGCUUCAAUAUCUUCUCCGGAACCGACUGUGGGAUCAAGUGGGUCUGUGAGCAGAACUCCCCCUGUUACGAUGUGGUUCCCUUAGACCUGACAGCUCCGGAUUACUUCUUUUUGGUGGAGGUGUCUAACAGGGCCGUGGACAAGAGCACCUACUGCGACUACGACCUGGAGUUUGUGAUCCACAUUCACGGUCUGCGGCUCAGCCCCUCCCGGGCAAUCACCUUCAUGAAGCUCUCCAUGGCCAUUCUCACCGGCACUGUCGUCUUGUACGUCCUCCACCAAGUCCUGGGGCCCAAGAUCUGGGCCGGCUUCACCCGACUGAUCCAAAGAUUUGAAGAGGCCCUAGCUGUUCGGACAGAGUCCAGCAUCACCUUCACCUCUUACUCCAGCCAAAGCCAGGGAAGCUCCCACCCCACGCCCCCCUUGUAGACCUGCAUCAGCGGCAACCGCCACCUGCCCCGGAGCAGCACGGAAGAACUGGCCCCCCAGCGUCCCAUCAUCCCUAUCGCGAGUCCCCGCCUGUAUCCAAACGUGCCUUUCCUCUCCGCGGUCCCCAGCAGCCCGAGAGCCCCAACCCUUCCUCCCCUGCUCUCUGCGUCUGGCCGGGACCUUUGUCACCGACUUGUCUGACGAUUCCAGUCAGGCUCGCUAGACCCAAGCCGUGGUGGGUGUGUUAUUGCUCAGAUCCGGCAUCGCUCUGCGGCUUUUCCUGGCUAAAGCAGAGGGGAUCAGUGCUUUCCAGUAGCCCUUGAGCAAACGAUAGUCAAUCAGAACUACAAAGACCUGAACCCACAGGGUGUUGGUCUAAACGCCUCAGCUAGGCUCAGACCAGUGGAGAACGGCGGCCGGUAUUCCAGCAGCAGCCGGCCUUUCCCAGUUCAACUGGAACAGGAGCGCCAUUUGACCGCCCAUUUCGCUGCCCCCGGCCUUAUCCGUGAUGGUACCCAAGCUCCAGGCAUGACUGUAAGGGCAGCGAGCGGCAGGUCCGCCGCGCCAGUCUGAGCAGGAUCGAGAGCUCCCGCGCGAUGAGCGGGACCUUUGGAUACAGGAAUUCCCAUGUCGAAAUCUCUCGCUUUGCUGAACGAAUGAAAAUCUUCCUGUCUCCUUCCGAUUCCUUUUGUGUUUCCCAGCCUUUAGCAGCAAGGCAAGGUUGUUUCUGCAUGUGAAUGCAGGAGCGUUGGCUUAGCUGGUCCCUGCACCAG